UAUAGCAACUAUAGGAGCCAAUCGGUCGAGCAGUCUUUUUUAAUACUAAGGCAUCAGAGGAUGAUCAGGUUCGACGUUUUCGUUCUGUUCAUAACUUGCUUUUGCGGCAAUAUCGAAGCAAUAUCACAAGGAAGCGCUCUAACGGUAUGCUACUUUAGCAAUUGGGCCAUUUUUAGACCAGGCAUUGGGAGAUACUCACUGGAUGACAUACCUGGCGGAUUAUGUACACAUGUAUUGUAUGCUUUUGUUGGAUUCUCGGAGAAGUCACCUCUUAAAAUAACAGAGAUGAAACCAGCUGACGAUGUCAACCCGAACGGCUUGCGUAAAUUUUCGGAGCUUCGCAACCGUUUCCCCAGCACCAAGCUACUGGUUAGUGUUGGAGGAUGGGGGCAGGAUUCAAGUGUAUUUUCCACAAUGGUUUCCAGUGCAGAAAAUCGUCGGCAGUUCUGCAAUAGUGUGGUAUCGCUGCUGAAUGCCUUUGAGCUCGAUGGCUUCAACUUUCAGUGGCUUUGGCCUGGUCAUGCUAGUCGAGGGGGAACCACAAAUGAUAAGGCUAAUUUUGCACUAUUAUUAAAAGAGCUGAGUGAUGCAUUCGAAUUGGACGGACAUGACAGAGAACUGACGGUGACAGCCCCGAUUGAGGAGUUCAGAUUGAAUGAAGGAUACGCUGUAACGGAUGUAUGUCGUUAUGUCGAUUACAUUUAUUUAACUGCCUAUGAACUACGAGGACCAUGGAACAACUUUACUGAUGUGCAUACUCCAAUGCAAGGAAGAUCUUUCGAGUCUGAGGCAUUUAAACAUUUUAAUGUGAUGGACGGCGUUUCGUUGUGGACUCAACGAGGAUGUCCAGUUGGAAAGCUAGUUCUUGGUGUAACUACGCAAGGUAUAACGUACACCUUAAAAGCCUACAACGAAAAUGGGCUGGGAGCUCCAAUAAAUGGACCAGGCGAAAUGGGCGAAUUCACUAAGUCAGCAGGCUACAUGUCGUAUUAUGAGAUUUGCAAGAGAAUUCAAGAUGGUUGGAAGGUGCGACGAGAUGGCACAGGAAAGGUUCCCUUUAUCACUAAAAAUGAUCAAUGGAUUGGAUACGAUGACAUUGAAUCGCUGAAGCUAAAAGUCAACCUUGUGAGGCAACGUGGCCUCGCUGGAGCCAUGAUCUACGCUUUGGACAUGGAUGACUAUCGUGGGCUUUGUGGUCAACGAUACCCGAUAACGGAGUUUAUAUCAGCAGAAAUGAAGAAAAUCCCUGCAGCUUCAAAUUAUGAUAUUACCUUCGGUAUUGACAGAGAAAGUUAUGAUGAUGAAAAGUAGUGAAAUGUCACGACUGAAAAAAUUCAACCAAGAUAAUAUUAGUAUCUAUUAAAACGCAUGAGUAAUCGAUAAAAUAAUUAUAUUAGAAAAAGUUUUUUGAGUUAUUCAAGAUAUUAUAGUAAGUUUGUCAUUUUGGUAUAAUAUAUCAGCAAAUUUGAGCCACCAAUACCAUAUAUUUGCACAUAAAAGUACAGAGCAAACGUGUAGCACAUUUUGAAACAUCAAUAUUAAAAUUAACUUUCAUUUAAAUUCAAUCGAGAAUAUCUUUCCGAUUUUUGGUCAAAAAACUAUUUUUUUGAAAAGUAUAUUUGAUUAUCUGGAAUCUAUUCUAAGAGAGUUUUUGCUCAACAUUUUUUAAUUUUAAAUCUGCAAACUGAAAAAUAUUUUAAAGUGUAACUUUGUUGAGGACACCGCAACACGAGUUGUUCGACUAUUCUUGAUCAAAAUAAGUUUAAUAACUUUUUUUCAUAUUUGGUAAACAACCCGCACCAGAGUGGUCGUGCAGAUUGUGAAAAAUCAGUGUUCUUCCUAAGUAACCAAUAAGCAUUAUAACGUAGUCUAAUAUCUACACUAGUUAUUAGAUCUACAUAUAAGGCAGUCUCAAGGAGCCGCUAAGCCAUAUAUCCUGAUAUAAUGUCAGUAAUAUUCCAGAAAAGGCGAAAUAAAUUGCUAUUACAUACUGUGCAGAGAUUGACAGCCUGUUUGAACGGUACUAUUGCUAUUAUAUAGCACCAGUGCACUAAUGUCAUGCUAUUAGAAAACGUGGACUGUGAUUUUCCAAUAUGGUUUUGCAACGAUUUUUUAUGUUUCCUUUUCGGUAUGAUGAUCAAAAAGAAAAAAUAUUAAAUACUGUUUGUAAUAGUAA